UUUCAAGAAGAUCAAGAUGAAAAUGGGCGAGAAGAAAGUUUUUCAAAACAACCUCCGAGUAGUUCUUGAAGAUGGCACCCAGGCUAAGAAAAGAGACACCCGAAAUUUUCAUAUUGUUAGUCACAAAUGUUCAAGACUUAACGAAACUGAGAUAAGAUCCUUUACUAGAAAGAACCAGCUUGAAAUGAAGAGUCAUAGACCACGGAGGACAGAGAUGAGUCCUCUCACUCCUGAUCAAAAUAUUAAGUCCUUAAAGCUAAUUUAUGAGAACUCUAACGUUAAAUCACUUGGACCAAGCCCUCUCAGAAAAAGCAAUCACAGCAAGAAAUGUGAAUCAGAGGCGAGCAAGAAGGAAUCCUUUUCGGUAAAAUCAAGCUUCAUGAUUCCAAAGAAAAAGCUGAACUCCAAACCCAAAUGUUCCAAAUUCAGAGCUCUAAAGAUCAAUAGGAAAAGGACGACUGCGCAUUUCUAGAGUCCUAGGUCCCUGAAG